GAAAGCGAUUAAAUACACAAUUAACGAAAUUAGUAUUUGAUAAAAAUAUCGAUUCUUUCUUUCUCUGUCUCUCUCCCACGAACAUCUCCAAAUUGAAACUCAAGAACCCAAAAAUGGCCGCCAUUGUUACGCGCAGGUUAAGCUCCAAUCUUUUCAGACCAUUUCUUCCUUCCACCUUUCUCAUUUCCCAAAACCCUCACAAGCCCUUUACCCGAAUCCUUUCUCCACAUUCCGAUCCUUCAUUUCUGCGAUCUCCCCGACGAACAUCUCCAAACACUACUACACUUGACCUCUUCAAUUCCAUUUCGAAAUCAAUCACUCCCGAUUUACAGACUCAGAACAAAAGCCCUAAAUUCAAUUGGCCAAUUGGAUCUGUUUCUUAUUCGAUUAUGAAAUUGACAAACCCUAACUUCGUUUUCGUCUCGGAUUUCGAUCGGAAAUCUAGAUUUUCUACAACUCCCGAGAAGGAGAGCGAACAGAAACAGGAUGAUUUCAAGCACCAAGACAUCGAAGGGCCGACCGUGGAGAGAGAUCUAUCGGCGUUGGCUAAUGAAACCAGAGACGUGGUUGAAGCGAUGAUGAAGAAUGUAUAUAGGCUAAGUAAAGCUAUGGCGGUUCUGGGUUUGGUUCAACUCGGCGUUGGGGCUUGGAUUUCGUAUAUAACCCGGGGUUCGCCGAUUACAGAAGUUUCAAUCCAGAGCUUUGUGGCGUUCGGGUUUCCUUUCUCGUUGGCGUUUAUUUUGCGUCAGUCUUUGAAGCCGAUGAUGUUCUUCAAGAAAAUGGAGGAACAAGGUAGGUUGCAGAUUCUAACACUGAGUCUUCAGAUUGGUAAGAAUUUGAAUGCUCUGUUUGUUAGAGUACGAACUGUUUCUCUGUUGUGUGUAACUGGAUUGUCUGUUGGAAUUUUGUUUGCUUUGCUUUCCAGAUGAAUUCAUUUGAGUUUGAAAUUGUUGGAUUAUUUUAGUUAUAAUGAACGAAUGUUCUGCCUGAAUUUUGAAAACAAUGAAGGUUAUUACACCUUCUAUUUACACACAUACCAUUUAGAUCACGUUCAUGUUCA